GUUUGUACAGCCGAGUAUAUAGCUUUUUAUUUUGAAAUACGUAACCGGAUAAGGAAAGGUUAAACUUCCGGCUGGAGUAUGUCUACCUUAAUCGGAGAUGUUAAAAUUCACCUGUGCCCGUUAAUGUGUCCCCGGUCGUAUAGUAACCAAACGUUGCAGUUAAUAUGUCUGAAAGGGGGGAGGUUAAUCUUGCUGGCGCUAAGCAAAGUAAAGGAGUGUGGCUCGUCAAGGUUCCCAAAUAUUUAGCUCAACAAUGGGACAAAGCAACAGAGAAAGGAGAAGUGGGAAAGAUUAGCAUUGGAACGAAGCAAGGCAAAAGUCAGGUUUGUUUCAGCCUGAAUGAGGAGCUGACAGCGCUGGGUGCAGUUGGGGAGAAGGAUGGUCCUCUGCAGGUCCCCCGGGAUCAUCCCUUCAGCAUGAGCUCAGUGGGUGGACAAACCUUGGCUGUCUUCAGCCUGGGUGUCAGAGAUGAGAUCAGCCUGGAGGGAAUGGUGGUGCACAAAGCUGAAUGCAGACCCGUCGUCACUGACAACUACAUGAAGCUAAAGAAAGUGCAGAUGAAAGAGUCCUUGAAGCCUCAGCGUUUGUCCCAGCAGCUGGAGAGAGCCAUCACCACCGCCUUCAAGCCGGUGGCCAACCACAACUUUAACGUGGAAUAUGAGAAGAAGAAGAAGUCAGAGGGGAAGAUGGUGAGGGCUGAGCGACAGGUUGUGCUGGACAUGCUCUUCGCCGCUUUUGAGAAGCAUCAGUAUUAUAACAUUAAGGACCUGGUGGACAUCACCAAGCAACCUGUGACCUACCUGAAAGAGAUCAUGCGGGACAUUGGUACGUACAACAGCAAGGGUGCUCACAAAAGCACCUGGGAGCUGAAACCAGAGUACAGACACUACCAAUCAGCUGACGAGGGGGAGGACAUGCAGACGGCCUAAUUCAAGUGGACAUACACUUUUUUUGGGGGGUUUGUUUUUGCUUCAAGUCCAUUUUUUUCCACUUCAAAUUAGGGAAUUCAGUAAAGUUCAUUUCCAAGUU